GGGGGCGUGUCCGCGGCGCUGAGGGGGCGUGUCCGUGGCUAUUUGACCCGCUGGCCGCGCGCGCCCGUUCUCUCUCUUUCUUCGUCUCCUCGCCGUUUCCCCUCCUCCUUUUUUCCGCCACCGCUGCCCUUGCCGCGGCCCCUGCGCGCCCAGCCAUGCCCAACAUCGUGCUCUUCAGCGGCAGCUCGCACCAGGAUCUGUCCCAGCGCGUGGCCGACCGGCUGGGGCUGGAUCUGGGGAAAGUGGUGACGAAGAAAUUCAGCAACCAGGAGACCAGGUGAGGCGCGGAAAGCGGAUUGGGGAUGCGGGGGGGGGGUGGAGGAGAAGCGAGCAGGCUAGGCGGCUCCGCGGCUCCAUUGCAAGCCAUUCCCGGUGCCCGCCCCCCUCCCUGAAAGCAACAACUGAGGCCCUGAAUCCCAGGGUCGUGGGUUCGAGCCCCACGCUGGGCGAGCGACUCCUGCAUUUGCAGAGGGUUGGGCUAGAUGACCCUCGUGGUCCCUUCCAACCCUUCCUGCGUUCGCCCUGACCGGGGGUCGCGUGGAGAGGCGCACGGGCGGGAGAAGAGCUUCCUUUCUUGAGAAAGCGAGGGGUGAAGUGACGGCCAUGGUGGGGGCGUGGGGAUGCGGGAGAAAGAAACCCCUUGAAAGCUUCAGCGCGCUUUCCUCUGGCAUGCGUGUUUUUGUUUUUUGUUUUUGUGUGUCUAUGUAUGCAAAGUAUGGAAACGCUAAUGCAAACUGGGCACUCUCCUGUUUGCUCAUAAACCUGCGCGGGAAAAGGGCGUCCUCCGUGUCGCAGGAUAAUUAAUUGUUCUGCCCUAAGAGGGUGGUUUAAUAUAUUUGUCUGAGGCCUACAAACUAGAUAAUAGAUAGAUAUGAGGCCUCAAGUGUAUGUUUAGCUCUGGCCACGCUUUCAUUGCCCCGUUUUAGGAAGAACAAAAAAAAGGGGGGGGAGCACCAUUGCCGCUAUUCUCUCUGCAUGCUUUCUCAGAGCCCCCAAAUUGUAGAUUCAGUAGGCACUUGUAACCAGGUGAAGCCACUCAGAAGCUUCUGUUGCAUAUGUCUUUGCACGUAGUUUUCUUUUUCUUCCUUUGCUUUCACAUUUUAUAGUUUAAUGUUUGGACUAGAGGAGGUGAUGAGGAUGAUUUACGUUUGUCCAGAGUGAGGCAUGCAUUCUGGGCCUUCACAUCUCUAGUUUACGCAUGAAAUGCCUUAUUCAUGUUUUAAAGCAUAAUGUGUGAAUUAUUAGCCUGUAGUUUAGAAUGAUUGCACCAGUUCUUGGCUCUCUCAAAGUGUGCCUAAAUGCAGAAUCUGAAAGUCCACAUGCCUGGUUGUACUAUUAACAAAUUUUGAGUAACUACCAUAUCUUAGUAAGAGUACCGUCACUUCUUAAUCUGACUGAGAGUCUGCACUUCACCGAUAAUCUGUGUUUGCCUGUAAGCAUGUCUUGAAAGCCUACAGGCUGCCCUUUUCCUGACAACCUUGAUCGUGACAGGACAAGAGUGUUUAAAAGGCACUACUGAUCAUAAAUAAUCUAGAGUUAAGGGUGAGCAGUGAGGUGGCCAUGUUUGCUUACAAUAAUUCCCUAAAUUGUUAAAAUAGAGACUGAAGAGCCCCAAGGGAUCUGUGCAAGCUGACUAAAUAGGCAGUAAAAUGGUAAAUCCAAUUUGGUGUAAACUAGUGUCAAGUGACACACAUUGAAAGAAAAAAAAAGCCACCUUAAUUUCAUAUGCACUUAUGAGGUCUGAAGUGACCAAGAAUGAGACCUUGGGGUCAUAAUAGAAAGCUCAGUGAAGAUGUUGACCCAAUGUACAGCAGCUGUGAAAAAGGCAAAUUCGGUGUUAGGAAAUCAUUAAGAAAUCAAUUGAAAACUGAACUGCCAAUAGCAUAUUGCCGUUAUGCAAAUCUAUGGUGUGGCUGUGUACAGUUCUGGUCACCUCCCCUCAAAAAGGAUAUUGUAGAGUUAAGAGGUGACAUGAUAGAAUUUUAUAAAAUUUUGCACGGCUUGGAGAAAGUGGAUAGAGAAAAGUUUUUCUUCUUCUCAUGACACUGGAACACAUGGACUUCUGACGAAGCUGAACAUAUGAAGAUUCCAUACAGAUAAAAGAAAGUGCUUCUUCAUGCACCUUUGGUCCUUGAAUAUGAAAUAUGAUUUGAUUGAUCAGUCCAAUAACACAUUUCAUAUUCAAGGGCCAAAGCUGUUUACGAGCUGUCCUAGAUCACACAUACAUAUCCUAUCCCUCUGGUUCCCCUAAUUCUACUCUGAGGUAGAACAGUUUGCUUCUGUGUUGCUUCUCAUAAUACAUAGGAAUGUGGCUGUAUCUCCUUGAGAUGGGAAAGUUAAUCACAGCUUCUAUAGCCUUUCUUGAUUGUCUUACAUUGUAAAGCAUCCAAGAUCUCUUGCCUGAAGUGCUAUCUCAUUUUCCCAGCACUUUAGAGCCAGGGUAGAUAUAAUUAUUUCUGUCAGAUAGCUCUUGCCAUUUCAGAUGAGUCUGCCAUGUAGUUGUGGCUGGUAGAAUGUCACAGGAACAGAAAAAAGAUUUUCUGCUGCACGCACACCAACUCAAGAAUGCUUCCCAGAAUCAGGGUUUAGGUUUGGGGGUUUUUUGUGAGGGGUUUGGCUUAGUUUACAGCUGGUUAUACCUUGGCAAGAAAUGUAGCUAAGAGGCGUCUCUAAACUUGUUAAGAGACUAAAAUUGGACACUUUAUAGAUGAAGACUCCUAUAGAAUCAUAGAGUUGGAAGGGACCCUCUGGGUCAUCUUUCUAGUGCAACCUCCUGCAAUACAGGAAUCUCAACACACAGUCCCCCAUCCAAAUUGAAACCAUACUGGACCCUGCUUAGCUUUGCAAAUAUGCUAACCGUUUUAUUGCUGCACCACUAAACUCCUAUAAGUUUCCCUUUUCUGCUCUUGAUUGCACAAGUAAAAUUGACCACUUUUUAAUUAAAACAGGAGGCAACAGGAUGCGCAAUUCUAUGGUUGUCUUCUUUGUAGCAGGGCAUUCUUCCCUGUCAUCCUAUAUUCUUUGUCCCUAGGCCUAACAUCUCCAGUUAAAGUGUUGGGUAGCAGGUGAUUCAAAAGGCUUUAAACCUGAACAGCCAUUUCCAGUUAGUGAGCAGCGAUGUGCCAGGUGAACCAAAAUAUUGUAGCUUAUUCGUGCUGCUAUAAAUAGAAGUACACCUGAGUUUAUUUCAGCAAAACUGAACACUAAGUUAUGCCUGAGCUAGAAGCAAGAUGCUAUUCUGUGCAAGAGCUGUGGUGGUUGGGCUGUAUCCCUUAGUACAGUGGUGCCUUGGGUUACAGACGCUUCAGGUUACAGAAGCUUCAGGUUACAGACUCCACUAACCCAGAAAUAGUACUCCGGGUUAAGAACUUUGCUUCACGAUGAGAACAGAAAUCACAUGGCGGCGGCAGCGGGAGGCCCCAUUAGCUAAAGUGGUACCUCAGGUUAAGAACAGUUUCAGGUUAAGAACAGACCUCCAGAACGAAUUAAGUACUUAACCCAAGGUACCACUGUAUACUGUAUACCUAGCUUGGAUCCUUAGAGUUAGUGCACAUUAGAUACUUAAGCAAGUCUUGGUUUAGGCAUAAGUAUUCCAUUCUUGUACUGCUUGUGCAUGAAAGCAAAAAACAUGCUCACAAGAAGUCAGAGGCACAAAGAACUUUGUAUCUCACUGAUGCUCCACUAGAAUGGAGAAGUGACAUCAGUUUAAGGAGUUCAUCAUAUGAAACUGCAAACAUUCAUGUUUAAAACGAAUAGCACAGUAUGGAUGCUAUGACUCUCUUGUACUCCUGAUUUUAACAGUUUAUGCUUGGAAGUAAGCCUCAUUGACUUCAAGCAUACAAGCUAAACAUUUUAACCUUAAGCUGUCCUAAACUGACUCAGGACCACAGCAACGCUCUGUUGUUGCUGCUGCAUUCUCUAAUUUUCCAGCAUGUGAUCUGGCCUGGGGCUUAGAACAAGCACUGUGUGCACUCUAAUCGCAUCUGCUUCACGUGUGUAAACAAAAGAAGCUUAUUGCUUGUGUUUCUUUAGACACACACACACACACACACACACACACACUCCACCAAUAAUAGUGAUGGCUCUUGGUGUUGGGAUAGUUGUGAAAACAAAAAAUAAAAUAGCAUAAAGUUGAAAUAACUGAGCUAAAGUGCAAGUUCCUUCAUUGAUUGGUUUCACUGAUUUAAAUUUGUGUAAAGCUGUGAUUUCAGUCAAUUUGAAGUUUCAUUCGUAUAACUGCUUUUUGCUGCUCAAGAGCUCAGUUGUUCUAUUUUGCUAUUUAUUGCUGUCCCUUGUUUCCUGGUGGGCUUUGCCACUAACGCUAAUAGAAGCAAUGCAUGCAUGCGGGCUCGUUGCUGCACAUUCUGCGUACACGAAUAGGUACUAACUAUGCAUUUAAGCUUGUUGCUGUGAGACAAAAUGGUAAUUUGUGUGAGCAAGACGGACCAUUUACCUUUUGCUUGGUGCACCUUGCUCUGUUGCAAAGGAAGCACAUAGUCAAAGGGUAUCUCACAGAAAAGAGCACUUCGUGGGAUCAGAGUUGCAUUUGGUGUGUUCUCUACCUGUAGCUGUUGGUCAACUAAAACAAAACAUUCUUAAUGUCUCUUGUUUUGAAUAUAUCUGAUUUCCUGGCGUUGCAAGUCCACAUUCAUUCUUUCAUAGAAUCAUGGAGUUGUAGAGUUGUAAGGGACCCCCUGUAAUGCAGGAAUCUCAACAAAAGCAUCCCCUGACAGAGGGCCAUCCAACCUCUGCUUAAAAACCUGCAAGGAAAGAGUCCACAACCUCCCAAUUGACAGCUCUUUCUAUUUCCUGCCACCAAAACAAUUUAGCAUUUUUAAGUUACUGUUAUUCUCUCCUCUCCUUUCUGAUAAUGAGAUAUAUUUCUUUAGCAGCUUUUUUAAACAGUUUAAAUAUCUUCUCAAUCAGAAUGGGACCUAACUAAUAAUUGAGAAUGUUGAAAAGACUGCUUUUGCUUGGGAUGGUGGUGGUGUAAUCCCACUGGUGUGCUCAAAGUGACAUUUUAGCCUUGCAACUAUCCUGCGUUCAGGUUAGUCUGAGAGAUACUAACUUAGUUGACCAGCUGUUUGGAUUGGGGUUUCCCCACAUCCAAGCACAGCACUCAAGCACUGGAUCUAUGACCAAGUUGACUUCGGGUAUUUGAGCAGGCUGAGAGCAAAGACUUGACUAUUUAGUAGGGAAUGAUAAAGUGCUGAUCAGUAGCAGGGGUGGUUGACAUUGUGCCUUGGAGUGCCUUGUAUGUCAUCAAACACGUUUUUCUGCCACAUAUUGCAAGUCAGGAAGUUGCAUGUGACCUGGAUAAUACAUGCAGUGGCUCACAUACAUUAACUCCCCCCCCCCCCAAAUAUAGCAUUUAAAUGCUGUGUGUCUGUCCCUUUAAAUGUGUGUGAAGCAUUCUGUGUUUUCUGUCAACAACAUUUAGAGCUGCAGCCACCAACUGUGGUUGGAAAAACAAAUACUGCUUGUGCAGUUUAAGGGAAAGUAUUAUUCUUGUUUUUGAACAAAAGCAAAAUAUGAAUUUGACCAUCCAGAUUAAUACCCCAACAGGCCUUGCGGCAUGCUUUUUUGUUCAGUGCUUAUUGCAACACCGUCGCUGGGAGUUUGCAAGUGUGUGCUCAGCAUUACGCAUUAAUAGAAGUGAACAAUUAACCAAUUGGCUCAGUAUUAAAAUAUGGUAAUCCUCUCCCAGAAAAGCCCUGAGGCAAAUGCCUGUGUACAUUGAUAAGCCUUGCCCUGAGGGUCAACAAACUCUUGUUCUGUUGGACCAGCUUAGGGGGCAAGUUCCAGAGUCAAUAGGCUGCCAGCGCAUCCAGCCCUCCGAAGUUCGGCUGCCAGAAUUGCACAUAAUUGCGUUCGGGCACAAUAAUACAAUGCAUACAAAUUGAAUGGUGUGAUGUACAUCCCAAAACGAGGGGAGGGGAUGUGGGGCUAGCAUUUCAGUGAAAAAUAUUGGUAUAACAGCAGUACAGCAUUAAAUGUAAAUGAUUACAUGGUGUAGAAUGUGAAAGCUGCAUUUCCCAAUUAAGCAGGAGGAAAGAAUCUGCCUUCCCUAUCCAGACGCAGUCCGUAAAUAGGUGGUUGGUGCUGAAGCCGAGGUUGUAGGGCUCUGCAUGCAGGCCCAGUCUGGGAAGUUCCUGCUUUCUUGUUCCUUUCCUUCUCUCAGGCCAAAGCAGUUGCUUAAAGGUAAAGGGACCCCUGACCAUUAGGUCCAGUCGUGGCUGAUUCUGGGGUUGCGGCGCUCAUCUCGCUUUAUUGACCCAGGGAGCCAGCGUACAGCUUCCGGGUCAUGUGGCCAGCAUGACUAAGCCGCUUCUGGCGAACCAGAGCAGCUCACGUAAAUGCCGUUUACCUUCCCGCCGGAGCGGUACCUAUUUAUCUACUUGCACUUUGACGUGCUUUCGAACUGCUAGGUUGACAGGAGCAGGGACCGAGCAACGGGAGCUCACCCCGUCGCGGGGAUUCAAACCGUCCACCUUCUGAUCGGCAAUUCCUAUGCUCUGUGGUUUAACCCACAGCACCAAAGCAGUUGCUUAGCUUACUGCAAAAAGGCACAGCUUAUUGCCUGAGUCUGGAGCGUGGUCAAGUACAAAGACUGCAAGUUUAGUGGACAUAAGGCAAGGCUAUCAAGCGUAAGCAAACCUUGGCCAUCGUUACAUUCAACUUCUCAUGGCAGCGAGUCCCAAAAGUGCAUCAUGAGAUCCAUUUCUUUCUUGUCUCUGCUUGAACCUCUUGUCAGUCACUGUGUGGAUUCUGAGCUCUAGGAUUAUAGGAGUAGUGAACUCUCACCUCUGCCCAUGGUAAAGGAGCCUCAGUCCCAUUUGUCCCAAAUGGGGAAUCUGAGGGCAGAUUAUGCAGCAAGUUGCUGAAGCAGCUGUUGUUGUUGUUAAUUAGUUAAAUUUCUUACCCACCUGUCACCAAAAGGUUCCAAGGCAGAUGAUCGCAAUUUAAAAAUACAAAAUUAAAAGUUUAAAAUAAACGAUUGUCAAGAGAAUAGGGUGGGUUCUAAAAACAUCCACUGUAUUCCAUAAGCCUUUGUGGAUGGACCAGGGAGUGAGCCAUACAUGACAGCAGGUUCACAAUGUGCCCCUCCCUCCCAUGAGCUAGCUUAAUGUCACUUAGAUCAUCCAACUAGGCUCAGCAGCAGCAGCAGCAGUAGUAGUAGUUAGCUGUUCUCUUCCCAUCUGUGUACAUUUGCUCACCUCUGUACCUUCCCCAUCAUACUAAAUAAAAUAAUAGGGGAGCUCCUGUGGACUGAAAAGAGAACCCAUAAGCCUAGGUGGUGAGUGGGUCUGAGAGAGAAUUGUGCCUAAAUUGUUUUAGAAUACUUGCAUGAGGACCUCUACCCUUUGGACAAAAAAUUAUGUUGCCAACACUGAGCCACAUUCAAUAAUCUUCUCACUAAGACUUGGCCGGGGGGGAGGGGGGGCUCUUCUGGAUACUGUAGAUUAAAGGCCAAGGUCAUGUCCACAAGUGAAACUUACAUUAGCUAUUGGGCUUCACACCUGUGAAUCAAACAAAAUAUAAGUGUGUUAUUUCUGUCAUAGGUGAACGAUACUCAUAGAUAGUGCAUUUGAGUGAAAGGUAUCAUGGCAUAAGGAGGGUAUAGUUGAAGUACUGACAUGCGUAGCUUUGAUUCCAUUCGGAAUGUAAUAUAUUUUGGGCAGAGGGGAUUUGUUGUAAUAAUUGUGCUGAAGUCCCUGCCGUGCAUUUUAUAAAAUGGUGCAAAUUCAAAGUGAAAUAAGGAGGUUUAAAAGUGCGCCUUUGUGUAUAAAAUCUCCUCAGCUGUCUAGUGGUUUGGGCACUUUGCACCCGUCACCCUUCGAACUUGAACCGAAAGUUCCAAACGGCUGAAUUUGAUAAAUUGCAUAAAACAAACAUUGAUGUUCUUCUGGGGGAAGAUCUAGCUUGAUUGCCGUUUUAUCUGUAUCACCACAGCAGAAUGUUGGUUAACUUUGGAGGUGGGGGGUGGAGAUGGGGUAGAAUCUUAAUGGUUAACUAGUAGUUUUGCCCUUGAUACAUUUGGAAUACAGUGGUUUUUUUGUAACUAGGUAAAUGAUGCAAACUCCUGGCAGAAUCGAGCCAAAGUUAAGCCCUUUUAUGCUCAACUGAUUUCAGUAGGAAUAAUAGUUAACCCUCUAAUCUUACGCUCUUAAGGCCCCGUCUGCACUAUACAAAGUAGUACUGCACCACUUUAAAUAGUCAUGGCUUCCUCCCUAGAAUCCUUGAAACUGUAGUCUGCUGGGAAGCUGAGAGCUUCACUUCUCAGAAUGGCUUAACAAUCAAUUCUUCUUCCCAGGAGUUAGUGAGUUGAAACUUAACGGUAUGCCAAGUAGUACAACACCCUAUAAAGGCGAAGCCUGUGGUUAAGUCUAUCAUAACACGUGAAGCCUCUGAUCACGUUGCCACAACUUGUUGGUUUUUAAGGACCCCUCUUGCCUGAAAAGCAAUUUUUGGGUUUGGGGAGUAAGCCUUGUCUGGUACAUUAUCUGCAGAGAGCUAAGCUGCUUAGUUAAAAUGUAUUGUUUAGGAACAGAAUUUAAGUAUUACUUUUCUUCUUUAUAGACUUAACAUGCCCAGUCAUGUCAUUGUUGUGUCUCCAUCUUUCUUUCCAGUGUAGAGAUUGGUGAGAGUGUAAGAGGGGAAGAUGUCUACAUCGUCCAGAGUGGUUGUGGUGAAAUAAACGACAAUUUGAUGGAGCUUCUCAUCAUGAUCAAUGCUUGCAAGAUUGCGUCGUCCUCCCGAGUUACAGCAGUAAUCCCAUGUUUCCCUUACGCUAGGCAAGAUAAGAAAGACAAGGUAGGUGAGCGGUGGUUACUCUCUGAAGGUGUUUGUCAAAAUAAGAGUCAUCCUCUUCCGCCUCUGCACAUUUGCCCUGAUUUGCCAAAUUAUGAAAUGUAUUUAGAAUCUUUGGCUCUCCAGAUGUUGAUUGGCCCCAGAAAGCAUGGCCAAUGGUCAGGGAUGAGGGGAGUUUAAGUUCAGCAACAUCUGGAGGGCCAAAUGUUCCCCACCCUUCAUUUAGACUAUUAUGACCAACCUAGUGUAGUUAAAGCUGCACUAUGGAGAAUUCUUAGUUAGAAGCAAAGUUUCCAGUGCAAUUGGUCAGCUUUGCUCCCAAGUGAAUUUUGAUCUUAGCUGGCGAAGAGGAUUCUUCCUCCCUAACCCAUCAUGAUGGCCCCGAGAUCAACAUGGCAUACUUGGUAGUUGAUACGGCAAAUAUUAAUGUUGCAAAUGAGAGCUGAGUACAUUCUACCACAAACGCAGUUGAAAAAUCCAAAUGUAAGUACCUGUGGGUGUGUUUGGCAUAAAAAUAGUGCAGCAUAGUAUGAAGCAAGGAAUAUAUUAUUGUAUGCAGUAUAGUUCUCGUUAUUUUUCAUGCUUAGAUACCGAUAAACAAUUGUAUGCAUUCAUGUCAAUGUUACACCUUUGCUUUAAACAAAUCAAAAGGAUGCCUCCUAGCAAAUCUUCCUAUGCUGUGUCUUCUGCCUCAGUUUAAUUCUUUUACUCAAUUAUGUUAAUUGUGCUGUUUUCCAUACUUUAGUAAUGCAUUCUUUUAAUUAUAGGCAUUCUUGGGCUCAAGUGUUUGGCUACCACAAUUUUUGCAGCUGUGAACAAAUCAGUUAGAGGCAUAACACAUUCUGAAAAAUAUUGUGCUUAGACAACCACGUGAGAUUAGUUUUGGGACUGAGCAAUAAGUUAUAAUUAGUUCUAACCACACUCUUGGAAUGACAGGGCAGGGAAUGCCAUGGGAAAUUGCAUCUCCAGUCAUUAUUUACCAUUAUAAAUCUUAUGCAACUUGUUUGGAGUACAAUACCCCACAACUUUAUAGUGAUCCCCCCUUUUAAAUUAGAUAAACCUGCUUCACUUUUCCAUUUUGGAACAUUUUGUUCUAUUCAUAUUAGAAUAUUGGAGAGCUGAUCAUUCUUCCCCAGUAAUGAAACUUAUUUCUACUUAAGAUCUCUUACAAUAAGACGACAAGUUUUUGAUAAUGACCUUUUGCUGCCUUAAAGGUUGAAAGAAAAAAAAAGAUGCUGAACCAGGUGAUCUCAGAGUUCCAUUUUUGACUUUUAUAGUUUCUUACCUUAAAGGGAAGUCACUGAGGAUGCAAUAUUCUCUUUAGUUCUUCAAAUCAUAUGCAACAUCCUUCUUUCAAUAUGUCAAAUCUCACUACCUGAUAUUUAACCCGUAUACACAUUCUUUUCGCAACACUAAAAUUUUCACCGCAUAUGAAAGAGGACAAUGGGAAUUCUGAUUGAAAUGAUUUUUAAAAUUUAUCCUAUUCUUGCAGAUGAGAGAACAGGAUUUGCAUAUUUCAUUAAUUGACUUUUGUUGUGUUUUCCUAUAUAGGACCAAGGUAGAUGGGUAAGUGGUACUUUACAGCUAUCUUGAUUUAAAAUGUACCAUGGAUUAUUAGAAUCUCAGCUGACCCAUUUUGAUCUCAACUUCAGUUUAAAUGCAUAAUAUUUAACUACAUUUGAGCAAGCUCUGUCUCCCUUAUCAAGAAAGGAAAAAAACCUGGGAUUUUUGCAUUUCCAGAUAACAUUACUACUUUUUGCCAACACAACAAAGUUCAUACUGAAGUUUAUAUCAGACCUUUUCCAAAGUAAACGAAAAAUUAGGUAACUCAGAGUAGGAAGGUUUUAAAUCUAAGCCGCUGUUUAAGACUUAUGUGUGUAUAUAUAGGAUAUUCACCACACAUGCAGAGCAAAUUACUUGAUUAUUGGAGAAGCAGCAUAAAUCAAUCACAGUUUUGAAGGAGAAAGCUGGAAAUUGGGUUGUGUAGGCAUGACACACACACACACAGUAGAAACAUAUAAGCCAAAAAGUGUGGUAGACAAGUUCACCAGUCCAGACGCAAAAGUUGGGUGUGGUUCUAUAGGAUGCUGAGAAAGUGACUGGAAAUUUCCAGGUUUCAGAUCUUCUAAAAAUAUUAAUGUCAUUCUUAAAUAUUUGUUGUUUGUGUUUUACUAAAGGAGCUGUGACUAAUAGCUUUGUCUCUUGCUCUUAAUCCUAAAGUAUAAUUUGUAAGCAGAGAGCAAAAUGUCCAGGAGCUAACUCCUUGAAGGUUCAAGGAUUUGGUUUUUAGAGGGGUUUUAAAAAACCCAACUUGGACAGUUCACUGAUUUCCAGAUGUUAUUCACGAAACAUACUUGCCAGACUAUCACUUAUGAAUGGUUCUUCUGUUGGCUCAUUGGGUUCCCUUUUGAAGCAUUGAUUUGCCCCAAUCAGAAAAAUAGAUGCUAAGUGGAAAUGUUUGCUGUACUAGAGAAGGAACAACAUUUUCCCUUGGGUCAGUUUGGCUAGCAGCCCUCAAAUUUUGGGUCUUCUCCCGUGUUGUGUGUCUUGGCUUGUUCACUUGGGUGAACUUGGGUUUACUUGCUAAGCUGUUCCCUGUAGGCACCUUUUGUCAUGGUGCUCUUGGACUGGAGGCACGUUGCAAUCUAGAUGACGUGGAACCCAAUUGUGUAAGUCUCUCCUUGCCCAGUGUUUGUACUAAAAGGUGAUCGCCAACAUUGCACCUGCUUGCUCUUUCUCUCCUCCACCUGCGUAUCAUCCAACCUUGAAGAGCAGAUUUUUGGGCAGUUUGGGGCAGAGAUGGAGGAAAAAAAGGAGAAGACCAUUGUGCAAGUUAGGCUGACACAAGCUGGAUGCCACCCAGAGCGCUUACAAUUUGGCAGCAUCAACAAGCUAUUAUUUGAAGUAAAUCUUACGCUGGUGUGUGGAUGUGGUUUUCUGAAUAUUCAAAAAGUGACAACAUAUUAAUGGCUUCACACUGGAAAGACACCUUAGUCUUCAGAAAGUGUUAAUGGCCAAUUUCCCUCUUUGCUAAUGAGAACCAGAUAAAUAGCUUGGAUGUGACCUAUCCACAGUUGGGCUUUGAGCGGCCAGAACAUCCCAUGAGGCAAAGUAAAUACUUCCUGCUAAUUAUCAGAGAUGUCCUCUCUGCGCUUGUCACACUGGUGUCUUGACAAGAUGUAGCUUUUAAGCAGUGGCUCUUGGUUCUGGCAUCUAUCACUUCUGCUUUAGCACUUCAUUUUUCAGUCCCGAGAUCAAUAAUGUACGCAGUAUGUUGAACUUUGCCUCCUGGCUGCUGAUGUUGCAGAAUAGCCAGUGAAGAGAGGUAUGUCUUCAGCUAUGUGCUUUGGCUGAAUGAAAUUCUUCACAUUUUUUAUAAUUAGCCAUAUUUUUGAAAAAUAUGUGUAUUUGACUAUAUUGUGUUCCACUAAUGUCACUGUUUGGAUUUUCAGUUGUGUGGAUUUAUUCUUGAAAGAGUGAGCAGUUUGAGGUGUGUGUGUGUAAUCACAAGCUCUAGUGCUAUGCAGUCACCCAUUCAUUCACUGUGAGAGGUGCAAACUGCAUUGCAAUGAAUGUGUACUGUAUGUCAGAAGCGGUUGGUGGAUUGUGUCAUGCAUGUGACUCUGCUAUGAGUAAGGGGAAGCUGAUUGCCCCAUCUCAGUUAAAUCUAACAUAUAUGAACAGUAAUUCAUAUACAUCUGUAGUAAAAGCAGUUUGCAAUGCAUCAAACAACAGUUUUAAUGAAUAAACAACAACCCACACCCAAAAAGAGCUCAGCCCCAAAUCAUGGCUGUCUGUGUAUCAGCUGUGCCAGGUAGUGGUUUCUGUCACAGUUCUUUCUCAGUUCUGUUUCUGCAGUUACUUUUCUGUUCUGAGUGUCUGCUCCCCCCCCUUCUUUCUCUAUCCCCUCUUGUCCAUUUUCAGCCUUUUACAACUCUCCUUUCUUCUCCUGACUUUUUCCACUUCCUGCAGGCAUUGCAACUGCUUUGCAUCCUCAGUAUUUGCAUUUGUGUAGGAAUUAGGACUAGCUUCCUAAAAUGAAAUGUAAAAGAAGCCAUCAAAAAGUUAGGGGUGUGGGGGUACUUGGAAGAGUUGACCCUUAGUGGGACAGUUGCAUUUCAAGUAUUUUCAAAUGCUACAUUUUCGCAAGAUGAAUUUCUGUAGCAAUACUGUAUGUCCCAUUCUGCCAAAAUAUUGCAUGCUUUGACCUGAGUGGAAGUUAUGAUAAACCUGGUGGUUGGUGAGGCAAACCUUUAUGGAGGAAUCAACUUAUGGCUGUGUUUUGCAUAAAAAAUGGGGUGAUCUGGAAUGCAUUCCAUCCCUCCCCCAAUUUCUUAGUGCUUUCAAAAUAUCUAAAUGCCAUUUUGGAAAAGGCCCACUUCCCAGUUAAAUCUGGUUCCACAUUCCUAAGAACUAAACUUCAUCACAUGGGGAAAUGAUGUCAGUGUUUACUACUUGAAGAGGAAUGAUUUGUUCACUGUUCCGUUCCAAACUACAUAUUACCUCAGUAGCCAAAUAUUUCCAAAUACACACUUGCUUAGGCAACACUUAAUGUAAUGUGUGGUGGGGGCAAGGGUAGAGGACCAUUUGAAAUGGGUUGGGGCGCUCAGCACCCUUGAUACGCAUUGAAAAUUCUGCCCUGCUGGUUUCUCCCCCCUAGUUGUUUCAGGAUCUGAAACCAGAUUUCCUUUUGGGGUUAAGGAGAAUUUUUUUAAAAUAAGAUUUUAAGAUCUUUCAUAAUACUAUGCAAUGCAAUAACUAAUCUAAACAAGAGAGAGAGAGAAGAAUGCAAAGUCCUCUGUCACAAGUAGGUCUCCAUUUUUUCUGACAGCCUCGUUGGGAGAUCUCUGGGGACCUGUGGUCCUCCAGGUGGAUAGUUCAAUUGUUUAUGAUGUGGUGCUGAUAAUCCCAAGGUUGCAGGUUCGAUCCCUGAACGGGACAGCUGCUUAUUCCUGCAUUGCUGGGGGUUGGGCUAGAUGAUCCUCAGGGUCCCUUCCAAUUCUACGAUUCUAUAAAAUCCAGUCAUCCCCAGCCAGUAUAGCCAGUGCUCAGGGAUUAGGGGAACUGUAGUCCAAUAAUGGGACGCGGGUGGCGCUGUGGGUUAAACCACAGAGCCUAGGACUUGCCAAUCUAAAGGUUGGCGGUUCGAAUCCCUGUGACGGGGUGAGCUCCCGUUGCUUGGUCCCUGCUCCUGCCAACCUAGUGGUUCAAAAGCACGUCAGAGUGCAAGUAGAUAAAUAGGUACCGCUCCUGCGGGAAGGUAAACGGCGUUUCCGUGCGCUGCUCUCGUUCGUCAGAAGCGGCUUAGUCAUGCUGGCCACGUGACCCGUUAGCUGUACACCGGCUCCCUUGGCCAAUAAAGCGAGAUGAGCAUUGCAACCCCAGAGUCGGCCACGACUGGACCUAAUGGUCAGGGGUCCCUUUACCUUUACCUAGUCCAAUAAUAUCAGUUGGGCCCCAGAUUUUCCACCCUUGGUUUAAAAAAACUGUCAAGGAAGUGUUUGUAGGGUACAAAUAACAGGAUGAGGGAAGAGCUGACCCCCCCCACCCCCAGAUUAUCUUAACAAGGCAAAUGGGGUUUGAGUGUCAACAGAAGCAGUUUUGGGGAAGGGAAGUUGCAGCAGAACAACAGGAAGCAAAGUGGUUCAUUUGUGCAGGUCUCUGCUGCAGAUUCCCACCCCGGUUGUUUUUCCUUAUAAGAAGCCGUGGUUUUCAGCAUGCAUUUGUGUACAAGGUGGAGUUUGGCCCUGACUAUAUUAAACUAGUCUGGAUGUCUGGAGUUAGCAAGUGGCUUAAAAAAUAUCCAGAGAGGUCUAAAACAGAAGCCCUUGCUUUCAGAAAAGCCAAACGAUUGUGUCCAGAGUCCUGGGGUGGAUCUACACUGACCUCUCUAACAUUAUUAGAAGGGCAUUAGGUAUAUCGUUCUAAAAUGUCACAGGGCGUACUUUUAAUUUAAAUCGUUUUUCUUACUUUGUUGUUGGUUUAUAUUCGUAGAAACGCUGCUGGUGGCUCUGCAGCGCCCUCUGGUGUCACAUUUUAAAAACGCAUUAAGAACUUUAAAAACAAUGUGUCAUUUGUUCCUCUGUGUUACUGCAACCCUUCCUUAACCCUUUCCUACCAUUAAAAAUGGGGUGUGGGUGGUGCUGUAGGUUAAAGCACAGAGCCUAGGACUUGCCAAUCAGAAGAUUGGUGGUUUGAAUCCCCGCAACUGGGUGAGCUCCUGUUGCUCGGUCCCUGCUCCUGCCAACCUAGCAGUUCAAAAGCAAGUCAAAGUGCAGGUAGAUAAAUAGGUACCGCUUCGGCAGGAAGGUAAACAGCGUUUCCAUGCACUGCUCUGGUUCGCCAUGGCUUAGUCAUGCUGGCCACAUGACCCAGAAGCUGUAUGCCGGCUUCCUCGGCCAAUAAAGCGAGAUGAGCGCCACAACCCCAGAGUCGGCCACGACUGGACCUAAUGGUCAGGGAUCCCUUUACCUUUACCAUUAAAAACAUGAGUGCAGAUCUGCCCCUGGGUUGGGACAAGAAUUGAGAGCAACAGCAGGUAACAUUUGAAGUGUGUGAAGAAAGUGAUUUGAACUCUUGUUGCAAGCCCGAAAAGCACACACUGGGGACUCCUUACCUGUAAUAGUCUUCCUGGUGCCAAUGAGAACUGAGAAUGCUCAGUGGAUACUAAGAGCCGCAGGAUGUUGAGUGUAAGGUGUAUAAAAAAGGCAACUGGAAGGGAGGCUAGAGGUGAAGGUGUGGCUGGAACCCUGAGCAGAAGCACUUCUGUUAGACUGCAGCGUUUCUCAAACUUGGUCCCCAGAUGUUUUUGGACUAUAACUCCCAUCAUCCCUGACCACUGGUCCUGCUAGCUAGGGAUGAUGGGAGUUGUAGUCAAAAAACAGCUGGAGACCCAAGUUUGAGAAACACUGUGUUAGAGGAUACAGCUGCAACAUUUUGUUUGCAGGUCCCACUUGUUUUAUAUAGAGAGAUGCAUAGAUAUUAUAAGAAGUGUGGAAGAGCUCUGAUCACUGUCCACUUGCAUCGCUUGAAUCGAGAGACCUUAUGACUUCCUUCUCACCCGCCCCGCAACCCCAAAGUUCAUAAAACCCGUCUUUUGUUCCCUCCAGAGCCGCGCUCCCAUAUCUGCAAAACUUGUCGCCAACAUGUUAUCAGUCGCUGGAGCAGAUCACAUCAUCACCAUGGAUUUGCAUGCUUCCCAGAUACAGGUAAUGAAGAUUCCUUUUCUCUCUCCUUCCUGUAUGCUGCUUCCCUUUGUGUGUUUGCACUGCCAUCAGGAAAAUGUGUUGGGUCGUGUGCAGCUAGGUCUGCGUGCAAGCAGAAUAGACACUUGCUCUUUUGCUCCUCCCACCUCCAGCUGCCCACCGCAUCUGUUGUGCAGGGGUUUUUUUGGGGGGGGGGUUAUAGGAGGCUGUAGAUGGGAGGAGAGGAAGGUGAAAUCCCAUUUUGUGAGUAGAAGCUGGAUUCCACCCUUUGUUCUAUCUAUCUGUCUACUAAAAUUUGUGCCCCACCUUUGUAAACAAAAAGUCAGCUUGAUUGUGGAAGCAGUAAAGUGAUAGUACGAACGCUCACAGCAUGUCUCCAGUGCCUACUUAAAAUAGGCCGUAUGGGCCACGUGUCAUUGUCUAGGGAUAUUGCUCCAUCAUCUGAGUAGUGCAACAGGCAAAGACCCUUUCCCCUCACCCAGCUGAUAACAAGGAGGGUUUCAGAAGCUGAGUGCGGUUCUUUACUAGGUGCAAAUGGACAAGCGAUUCCUGAGAAAAUCCUCAUUCCAGGCUGAUUUAGGGCUUUAAAAACUAAAGCCACCAACCUGAGUAGAGCCUGGAGACAAGUUGGCAGCCAGUGAAGAGGAUAUAUUCAGCUGUCAUCAUAUGAUCCACCCUGCUAGCCACUGAUGGCACGAUUGUUGACCAUCUGGACCUUCAAGAGCAGCCCUGCACUGCAGCAAUCCAUAUGUUCCAGUUGACUCUACUAAAAUUGAAGCCAGGUGCAGUGAUUUCCCUUGGGCAAUCCUGUGGUCUCCACAGGGUUGCUUUGAAGCAUCAUGGGCUUUGUACUGCAGUGGUCUGUUUAAAUUCCAGGCUGGGGCAUUUUAAAUAUUUAACAAGCAACUGCUAUCUCUCCAGCUCUCUCUCUCAUAAAGCCUCAGGUUGUUGACUGUCAGCUGUAGACAACACACACAGUCUUGGAGGUUUUCUCAAGGCCAAGUAAGACACCUGCUUUUUGCUCCCAUGGGCUUCAAACUCUUGAGUUUGCUGUGCAUGUGAUGGGGGCGUAAUGGUGUAGGAAGGUCCAAAUGGCUUCUUUCAUUCUCAAAAAGUGACAACUUUUUCAGUAGGAAGAAAGAAGUGAAGAGCAGCUCCCUUAAAGUGGCAGAAUCAAGAGAGGCAGAGGACCAGCCUGGAUGCUAAUGAGAAUUGGGAUGCAGUUUAUUAAAAUGAACACCACCCACCCUUUUGGAGUCACUAAAUUUAGUCACUGUCACAAAGCAGUGGCUGUUACAUGGCUGCUUAGAUGCAGGCUGAAAUGUAUUCAGUAAGCUUUUUCCUCGCAGCUGUUGGGGUAUCCUUGCCUCUCUUGUUUAAAGCAUUUCAGUGAAAUGGGCAUAUCAAAAAGAGGGUUAGAUGCUAGACUGCAUGAUCAGCAUCUCAUUUAAAAUGGUCAAGCACAGCCAUUUAGAUGUUGCACUUGGACAUAUAUUGGAGCAAAGGUGGUAUGUGCUUCUUCCCAUGUCAGUAUUUGCCUUUUGUUUUAUAUACUUUCAUCAGGGACAUGCCUUCGAUCACACCCCUCACCAGCCCUGCUCCACACUUCCCUCAGGUGCUUUUGCCUGGUGGUAAUGUGUCCUUGUUCUGUGACAAUACCUCUAGUUUGUGUGGCUAAAGAUGGGUGUGGUGGGUGUGUGCAUAUGGGAGCUUCCAGCUUCUGCGUGGCUGAAGUGUUGCCUGCUGUGCAAAGAUAAGAGUCUCAUCCAUUGCUCUGCCCAGUUUUGCUUGUGACCCUGCCCACUUUUUUCACUGGUCCCACUCAAUACUGGCUAACAAUCCCCAGGAAGUUACCUGUGAGACAAUGGCUGUGGCAGAGAAAGCUCCUCAUCUGCUUAUUUUGCAUGAGAUUUUGGCAGUAGUUAGCCUGCCUCUACAGCUUGUUGAUCGUAUAAAGAUCUGUACCUCCGUAAAUUAAUACCUGGCUGCCUCUUUUCUUGCAAUCUCCAGGGUUUCUUUGAUAUCCCAGUGGACAACCUGUAUGCAGAACCAGCUGUGUUGCAGUGGAUCAAAGAAAAUAUUGUAGACUGGAGGAACUGUGUCAUUGUCUCACCAGAUGCGGGAGGAGCAAAAAGGUAGGAUGCAAUCUCCAGCUAACCUGUUUUAUUAUAUAGUUUCUGACAUGCAGAACCCACCUUUUUAUGUUACGGAAGCCAAGGCAGCUUACAUGCUGUUCUGCAGGUGGUUUCUCCAUUCAGGCACUGACCAGACCGAGGCUUCCUUAGCUUCAGAAAAGUGCUGACCACAGGGGCCUUCAGACCGUAUGCUGGGAGGAACAAUCUCACCAGCAUUCCUUUUACAGAGCAGAAACCACUUUGGCAAUUGAUGUUUAUCUAAGUGAUUGAUGCAUCGGUUGCUUAACUUCUGUAGAUGGAACAUUUUUUAGAAAGCAGCGAGUUCCAAGCACUGGCAAACUUACCUUCUUAAAAUAAUUUCUUUGUCCUGCUGAAUCAUGACAAAGAUCCAUCUAGCCUUGUUUUCACAGUGGCCAACCAGAUGAUUUCCAAGCUCUGCACUUUGCUUGGUGGGCAAGGCCCACUGAGUGCAUCAGCUCCUGAAUGCUACGGAUGCUUGUGUGAGAUCCCACAGGAUCAUCCCAGUGCAGGAAAGGAUUCAGACAUUGGGACAUGAUAUAUUGUUGUUAUCCUUCCUUGUUCACAUGAGUUCAACACAGUACCAUCCUUUGCAGCUUAAACUUGGAAGCUAAGGCAAGGUUCAUUUAACUCCUAGAAACAAUAAUCCAGAAUGCUUUAAGGCACACUGGAUUUUCCCUGGUAUUGCCCAUUUCCUCCCCCUUAAAAACAACAAUCGCACACAGUUUUGUUGAAGUAGUAAAAAUUGUAUUUACUUAAAUAACCUCGGUCUUGAAGAAACACUUAACAGUAGCAAAAUGAAGGCACGUUUAUAACCACUGUUACAAAAGUACAAAAUGUGAUUUCAAAUAUGGUGAAUGGGCUGCAGAGCUCAGACAUGCACAUGCAGUCAGCUUGGAAGCAUGAUGAAGAAAGAGGAGGCUGCCCAGAUCAGCAGGAUGUAUGGAGGGUUACCGCUUACUGCCAAAGCAGACAAAGGAAGUGAUCUUACAGAGAGCUCUCUGGCAAAUUUUACAGGAAAGCUCUGUGAGCCUCAGCCCCGUCAUGUGCCCAUCUGGCAAAACAUGACUUGUUGGUUUGAUUGCAAUGAUGUCCUACAUCCAGAACUGGAGUGCUGAGCAGGGCCUUGACCCCCAAGCAAGUUGGCGAGCCUAAAGCUCUUUCCAUGCCAGGUCUGCUUGGGACCUGAUUGGCAUUUUGUUUGGUUGUUUCCUUGGCAAAUGUAGCUCACAUCCUCUGCAUUUUAUCCUCACAGCAACCUUGUGAGGCAAAGAAGCAGUGACUUGCUAGCAAGUGAGCUUCAUGGCUGGCUGGUAAUUUGACACACUAAACCCCUCUAAACCCACACUUGCCAAAGUUACCACUGUGAUAUAUGUAGAAACUGCUUUCAGCUGCCAAGGCAAACGUGGAAUAGGCCUUUGCAUUUAGGUCUGGCCAGGCAUCUGAAACUCAUUAGCAAUGGUGCCUGCCUAACUUCUUUUGGGAGGCAGUUCCACAGGCUAGGGCCCACAAUACUGAAAGCACAACUCCUCACUGACAGGAAUUCUGCUUCUGGCUGAUAGAGAACCACUAAUAGUGCUUCUCACCCCACCCCAAAUAAUGGUAGUGAUAAACUUAGGAUUGUACAUGGUCUACGUUACUCUGGGUACAAGUACCUUGAAACUGGCCCAGCAGCAGAUGGGAAGCCAGUGCAGGUCUUUUCAACUCCAGCAUCAUAUGGUGGUGGUGGUAGUCUGUGGGUUACCAAAGCCUCCUUGAGAAAUUAGCACUCUGGUUUUAUUCAACGCAGGCAGGAACGUGCUGAGUAGUCCCAGCCUCCCUAGCCUUUGUGGGAAGAGCAGAGAGGUCCUCUGUGGUCAUGGGAGUCUUCACAUGCCAGAAGGCAUCCAUCCACAGGACAUCCUACACGACUGGGAUUCUGGGUCACAAGCAAGCUUUCGCAGGUUCAGCCAUAUGCACAAAGACACAGGUGGUAGAGGCAAGCGAGAGCUGCUUAUCGUGUGCAUCUUGCCAUGAGAGACGUACUUAACACAAAAUUCUGCACUCUAAAGAGCAAAGAUUUUCUCUUGCUAUCAAGCUACCCAUUAUGCUAAAUUGAGACAGCUAAUGUAAUCAAAUGCAGCUAAUUUUUAAAAUGCUCCGUCAAGCCAAUCUAGAUCCUGAUUAUAAAUGCUCGCCUGCCUUAAAUUGAGGGGAGGUGGGGGUUGAAUUUUUCUCCAUGUGACUCAUCUACUGCUGUUGUAACAUUUUUAUAGGAUCUAAAAGUUUUGUUCCGAUGCGUCAGUUCUCUUAAUACAAAAGCCCUGACUAUGUUUUGCUCCCGCUUGAUGCAGAGUCACUUCCAUCGCUGACAGACUGAAUGUCGAGUUUGCCCUGAUCCACAAAGAGAGGAAGAAAGCCAACGAAGUGGACCGGAUGGUCUUGGUUGGGGAUGUGAGCAACCGCGUAGCCAUUCUUGUAGACGACAUGGCAGACACAUGUGGCACAAUAUGUCACGCUGCGGACAAGUGAGUAAAAAACUGAGGCAGACCUUCAUGAUGAAGAGAAUCGGGUAGCAGCAGAGGUUUCUUUGGGGUGGGGAGGGGAUGGGUUUCAUUUUAGUUCAGAAAAAGAGAUCUUGCCCACACAAAACAUUGGUUUCUCUGCCUGCUACGACUUAAGUAUGUUUUUAUGGGUAGCUUCAGUCUUAAUUGAAAUACACCGUUUUAGGAAAUAGCCUGUUAAUUUACUCCCCUGAGCCUACCUAGCUAUAUAGAUGAACUUUGUAGUCAAGUCUUCAUUUAUAACUGUGCAGGAUCAUUGCAUAGUAGGGCAGGGUGAUAACUGGUUUUCAACAUUGUGAUAUGUUGGCAGCUAAACACCACGAUAUGCUGGGAGGAAGAAGCAGCCAAGAUAAGUGAGCAAGCCCCAAAGCCUCUGGGGCUCAUGCAGGCAGGAGGGGCAUCGGGGCUUCCUGCCUUCACCCAAGCAAGCAGGCUGUCUUUUUCCUUCUGGGGCGGUCAGUCGCUCCAGGAGGAAAGAGGCAGCCCUCCGUCCUCGGUGAAGGCAGGCAGACGACAGGUGUGUAGUGUUUGGGGGAGCCACUGGGACAAUUGCCGGGGGCGCCCUGCACUGCUUUGUGAGACCUUGCAAAGCCACUCAGGGCUAUUGCCCCUCUGGCAGCUGGGCAGGUCCUCCGCCCCUGGCACGGGUCCAGCCAUGUGCACACCUGCACCUUGGAGACAAGCUCCGCCACUGGUGCAUGGAGCCUGAGAAGCACUUUCUCAGGCUCUGUGCGUCUGUCUGCAUUUGUCCAAGUGGGUAAUUACUCUUGUCGUUUCCUGAAACUUGCACUCUAGAUUUGUGCCAACAUUCAUACAUCUCCCGUUCUCUCCCUUCCUAUGUUUUAUAGAUUAGUGUCUGCAGGAGCAACUAAGGUUUAUGCUAUUCUCACUCAUGGGAUCUUCUCUGGCCCUGCUAUUUCGCGGAUCAAUAAUGCUGCCUUCGAAGCAGUCGUCGUCACCAACACGAUCCCACAGGAAGAAAAAAUGAAGCAUUGUCCCAAGAUUCAGGUAUGGUGCGCUGAUUUACAGCAGCAGCUCAUCUUUUUAAGCUUUAUAUAGCAGUUUUAUAAGCCACGUUAAGGGGAUAAAAAUGGUUAUGUGCCUGGGGACACCCCCCAAGAGAGAUCUUUUUUGAGGGGGGUGCAAUGAGCUGCUUCCUCAUCAAGGCCAGAUUUGCAGAGAGGGAUGUUGCACUCAAGUCUGGCUCUGGUGCGCAAGGCAGCUUCAUUGCACAAUGGUCCAAUGCUGCCAGCCCAUGACAGCAUCACAGCCUCCUAGGCCUGGGCAAUAUAUGAUGUCGGCUUCACUUUGCUGCUCCUGAGUCCCUCUGCUACCAGCGUGCCAAGGCAGAGCAAGCUGCAUCCAGGCAGGGGGGACUCAGUGAAGCCGCCCUCAUACCGGUGCAGAGGGAGCAACAUGCUGCACCAAUGAGGCACAAAACAGCUUGUUCCUCCCUCCACUUCUUCAAACUGCUUGGCUGAGGAGUGUGCCCCUGCCCUUGCCUCAGCCAAGCAGUUUUACGGAGUCCCUGACUCCCAUGAGCCAGCAGUGCAAUGAGGUCUCUGUUAAACUGCUCCCCAGUUGGGAGAGUCCCAAUCCUUCUGCUUGCAAAUGAGCAGGAGGAGGAUUGGGGCUGCGCAGGUGGGGGCUUCAUGCCCUCCCUGGAGAAAGGUAGCUUGCCCGUGCAAGGCGGAGGCAGCUUUCCAAAUGGAGCCUGAGAGGCUCCAUAUACUUGGCUGCUGCUACCUGGGAGGGUAGGCUAUGUCUGCACACAAGCUGGAGGAGCGGGAGCCUUUGCACCCGCCAGCUGAGUAGUGCAAUGUCGCUCUGCCCCCCCCCCCCCGCACUGGGAAGAAGCUGUGUCAUCCCCAGCAGCGGCUGGGGGCAAUGCAGCUUGUUGUUUCAGCAGCACCAGACUACGAUGUUGAAAAGCUGAUGCCACACGGGGCUGGGCCAGUGAGGCUGCAGCAGGCUCCCUCCACCCCCUGCCCCUGUAUAAAUCCUAAGACUUUUGAGAGAGAUCUAUGGUCAAUUCUACAUUCUGAAUACAUAUCAAACAUGCUAAAUCAGGUCCUAAUUGAUUUAUGGCUUGUACCAGGCAUCCGUGGUGGCUACCUAACCUCAGUUAAAAGUCCCUGCGGUGCCUUAUUUGGGAAAUGGUUCCUUAGAACACACUUUACAGCCCCCAGCAUCCUUGCACAUUUCUUUCUUUUGGGGUUUAUUAAAUAAAGUGCAUCCUGCGUACUUGGUACUUGUCUCAUGUGCACCGUGCAGCAGCAGCAGCUGGGGCACAGGUGUUCACGGAGGCUAAACAAAACCCACUGCGCCAGCCGAACCCUAUCACUGGGUAGAGUCCAGCAGGGAGCCUGGCUGGCUGACACAGCCUUUGGUGGGCACAUCUGGCUCUAUGCCCCCAUCCCACACUGCACCCCUACCUUGCAGAACAACACAAAACAAGUCUGGUCAGUGCAUGGCUAACACAACAUGAGAAAUAAAUUAUAAAAAUUAAUACUACAGGCCUUGGAGGGAAACCAUUGUAAAUAUCAGUUCUCACUGCCCUCCAGUGGCAACAACUCUCAUUGCCGUUAUGCACAGUUUCUGUCUCAUACCGCCCAGCCCUACUGAUGACGCGUGGGUAAGUCACAAUGUUGAAAAACAGAUAUCAGCAGCUAAAUAUGCUGAUAUAUAAACACAAUGUCUGUAAUGUAUCUCUGCUGCUUCUGCCUCCCCACCUUAGGAGAGGAAGAAGCAGCCAAGAUACAUUGCCCAGCCCUGAGGAAGCCCCCGUACUGCUCUGGCUCAUGCAAGCUGCAGGGGCUUUCUUAAACUGCUCAGCUGGGGGCAGGAAGCCUCCUGCCCCUUGGCUGAGCAAGCCCAGAUAGCACUCCAGCUCACAGAGUGGUGCUUGCGCCUUCUCAGGUGCAAUGAAUUGCCUGCUCAAGUUGUCUGAAACUGGUAUUGCGAUAUGAAGCCCACAUCUCUCAGACAAUUUUUCCACCAGCUCUAGUCAUCAGUCUGCAGAAUGGCUGUUUUUGGAGUCUUGGGAAAUGUGAAAUGUAAAACUUAAUCAAGAUGUUCCAGCAUAUCUGCAGGGUCUUAUGAAUAGAGCUUGUACAACAACAAGUGAUUGGCAACUUUCCUCCUCCUCCACCCCCCCACCCCCGCCCAAUAGACAAUUGAGGUUUUGAAUGAGACUCACUUUGGCAUGUCUGGAUAACAAAGGAAGCCACUAUCUUUUCCUUGUAGGUUAUUGAUAUUUCUAUGAUUUUGGCUGAGGCGAUCCGAAGAACACACAACGGCGAAUCUGUGUCGUACCUGUUCAGCCACGUCCCACUAUAACUGCAAACCAGCUUGGGCAUGCUGCAUUCGGAGUGGGGGGGUGGGGGGUGGGACACGCACAUCAGAUAAUGCAGCUCAUGAUGAAGAUAACAAAUGUCUACGAAAAGCUUCAGCUCAACCACACCUACGUUCCCUCUUUUAAUAUGGACAAUAACUAAACCGGGCAAAUAUGUGUAUUAUUUUUGCUUACAACUUUUUAUAAAUUCUCUUUGGGUUUUUAAAAGAGAAAACUAUGCUUUUUGCCUGUGAUUUAUUAAGAUGUGCAUAUAUCAUAUGGGAAAACAGUGAAGACAGUAUUUUUGCUAAGGCCAAAAGUUAACUCGGGGUUGGUAACCUGAGAGGCAUGCACUUGCUGAGAGUUAACUGUGCCACACUUAGAACAGAAACUUGUAGUCAUUUACAGAUUUAGAUUAAAUGGCCUGUGAAAUUCCCUUCUGACAAAAUCAGUGUCUAUCUUAAGCUUGCAGAUCGUUUGUGGUCAGGUAAUAAUUUUUGGCACCUCUUAAAGUGCCCCUGGCAUAAUGAUGAACUUAGGCUGCCCUCUCAUCCUGCGAAAUCACUGCGCCAAAAUGCUUCUAAACAGCUGUGACCUGGGAUAGCAUAGUACAGUGCUUCAUGGAUUGCUGAGUUAGGGCUGCACUUGCAGCCAUAGGAAACUGCCUUAUUAGUCCAUCCCACUCUGCAUUGUCUAGACUUGACUGGCAGUAUGAUAGCCAGGGUUUCAGACGGGGCAUUGCCAGUCCUACCUGGAAUUUCUGCUUGCAGAACUACUGCUCCUCUAAGCCAUGACCUUUCCCCCUCUUUGUGUCUUGGCCAAUGAGGGACCUCAAUCUGGAGGAGCAUCACAUGCUUGAGCAAAGAAUAUGCAGUUCUUUCAAAAUGCACCCUUCUACCCUGCACUAUUACACAAUCUGUAAUAAACUCUUACUUCCCAGUGCCAGCACUUUAUUUAGUGCCUGGCACUUCAGAAUACUUGAGCCGAACCGUAAUGCAAUGUAUCAACUCUACAAUUUUAUUAUUCUUAUCCUGGGGGGAAAAAUACUUGUAAAACUUUGUUUUAUUCUUGCCCUUCUGUACUGGGGGCCCUUCCCAUGUUAAUUUUGUGACAUGAGAGCUGUUGCAGUACAGCUGCCUUCAGCACCACAAACCCCAAUAUCAUGAGUAGCGCCUUGAAAAACUUGGGGCAAUGCUGACAGGGGAAGGAGCUUCGAUUAUGGAGCUCCCAUCUGACAUUACCUGAGUGGUGUGGGCAGCUUCUGUGCUGUGAAGGGGCCCUGAGUCUCUAAUUCCCAGCUAACAUUUCAUUUUCAGUGCUAGCCUAUGUUAUAAAAGGGACCAAUCCUAAACCCUCACAAUAAUCCUCACUCAAACUCCUAAUAGUGGUUGUGCAUUAGGGAAGUCCGUUUGAAAAGUACAAACAUGAGCUUCCUUUUCUUCCGGUAAUCAGUUGUCCAUUUAUUAUGCAGAAAGCAAAAAGAAAGGCAUUUAAAAACAUCUGCCUUGCCUCAUUUUCCUUGUAUAAAAUAACAUUUGGUGUGGUUUUUUGCUUUUCUUUCCAAAACCAAGAUUCCCACAAGACCACGUGUACUCUCCCAUCUGCAGGGGAACUGAAACAAUCGUGUACAAAACUUGGUUGUCCAAAUUUCGAACAGUUAAACAGUUUCAGAAACUGAUUGCUAAAAGUUUAUAAAGACAGAUGCCUAUCUUGGCGUUUCUCAUAACACGGAGCCAAAUAUAUGUGAAUGAAGUAAGUGGCAAAUAGUAGCAUUUAAUGGAUACAAGUUGCAUCCAGGAUCACACAAUCCCUUUUUAAACCAUAACUGGUGGUCUUGUUCCAUAGCCCCAAAAAAGGGACAAUGAUGAAAAUCUGUAUGGAAUUUUAAAAUGACUUCCACUUUCUUAAACAUUCACAUAUAUUUCUUCUGUAAUGAUUUUUGCAAUAAGAGAACAGAAAAGACUUAAAAGUGUGUAAAGUUUAAACCAAAAAGCAUUUUCAGUCUACAUCUGCUUAACUUGCUUUGGAUGUAAAGUCUUGGUAAUUUUUUUGUCACUUAUCUUGCCAAAGAAUGUUUGAUUCCUUAGUUCUUUGUAUUGUUUCUGCAGUCUCUCUCUUUAUCCACCAAUACCAAAGCUGGAAUAAAUGAAACCCAUUUUCUUUCAAUAUCUGAUAAGUUAUAGAUUGGGUUUGUUUCAAAUGACAUCAGGAAAGGUUUGUGUUUCAAGUUUCUCAAUAAAUCUCAGAACAGCAUUAUACUUACUGACUGUUAGUUAUGUUUGGCUCUCUUAUUUCAUUCAGGAGCAGCAAAUAAUGCAAACCUAAAUGGAUAUAAAUAGACACAUUCACAUUCUAAGCGACUCUGGUCACAGAAACAGAUACAAAAACAUUAUCAAAAGCAUGUUCAAGAAGGAUAGUGACAAGCUGGAAUGUGUGCAGUGGAUGUCAACCAACGUGAUCAAGGGUCUGGAAACGAAGCCUUAUGAGGAAUGGUUGAGCGAAUUGGGUAUGUUUAGCCUGGAAAACAGCUGAUAGCCAUCUUCAAAUGGAAGAUGGUGCAAGCUUGUCUUCUCCUGCUCAGGAGGGUAGGACCCGAAUCAAUGGAUUCAAGUUACAAGAAAGGAGAUUCCAACUGAACAUUAGAAAGAACUUUCUGACAAGCUGAUUGACAGCAAAAUGGAUGACCUCAGAAGGUGGUGGACUCUCCUUUCUUGGAGGUUUUUAAGCAGAGGUUGGAUGGUCAUCUGUCGGAUUCUUUAGCUGAGAUUCCUUCAUUGUAGGGGGAUUGGAGUAGAUGGCCCUUGGAUACCUUCCAACUCUAAACUUCUGUCUGAAACCAGGCACUGGGUGCUUUGUGGUAUCUUACCUGAACACCUUGCUUUGCACACCUUGCAUGCUAAAUAUAAACUGGAUUGUGCAAACCACACUGUGUGGCUACAAGCACAAAAACAGUUUUGCUAACUGAAAAGUACUUGUCUAUCGGAUGAGUAAACUCAGG